GGCUGCCACCAUGGGCUGCUGCACGGGGCGCUGCACGCUGAUCUUCCUCUGCUCGCUGCAGCUGCUGGCGGCAUUAGAGAGACAAAUCUUUGACUUCCUGGGUUUCCAGUGGGCUCCUAUCCUUGGCAAUUUCCUACAAAUAAUAGUUGUCAUUUUGGGCUUGUUUGGAACCAUCCAGUUUAGGCCUCGAUAUAUAGUUGUGUACACGGUGUGGACUGCCCUGUGGGUCACCUGGAAUGUUUUCAUUAUCUGCUUCUAUUUGGAAGUAGGUGGGCUCUCAAAGGAAACGGACCUCAUGACCUUCAACAUCUCGAUGCACCGCUCUUGGUGGCGGGAGCACGGGCCCGGCUGCAUACGACGGGUGGUGCGUCCCUCUGCCCCUGGAGUCCUGGAGGAUUACUCCUACGUCUCUGUGACAGGCUGCAUCAUUGAUUUCCAGUACCUGGAGGUCAUCCACAGCGCUAUCCAAAUACUCCUCUCCCUGAUUGGAUUUGUGUAUGCCUGCUAUGUGAUCAGUAUUUUCAUGGAUGAGGAGGACAGCUUUGAUUUCAUAGGUGGACUUGACACAUACUCCUACCGACAGCCCCCCCAGGAACAUGUUGAGUUAAAGCCUGUAAAGCCUGUAGGUCGAAGUAAGUAAUGAACAUGGACUCAAGACUUCUGCUGCUGUAGCUGAAGAAACAGAUUUUAGAAAAGAAGACCAACCUUGUGACUCAUUGUUCUGGAAGAAACCCACCACAUCUGUUCCUCACAGCAUGUGGAUUGUUCUUCCCACAGGCUCAGUGUCAUUAUCAGCGUUGUUAUUUCGUAGAUCCUUGUAGAUGAUCUUGAAUUUCUAAAUAAUUUACUUAUAUGGACACUUGUAAAUUGUAAAUUCUUUUCUUUUUUAAUUUCAAUAUUUUUACAAUGUUUAGUGUUGAGGCAUGAAAACAAAACAACCUGUGAAAACUAGGAGGAGGGUGGGUCUUUCUCAAAAAAUCAGUAUUUUUUGACUGAGAGGAUCAUACUGUGCCUGGUCAAGAUUGUGUCAGUAAACAGUAAUUUUGACUCCAAAAUAUGUGUCAGGAGUCAAACCCUAACAGUGUUCAAGAGAUCAUUUCUACGCUGUCUUUAGAAUUCACAAUGUCCACUCCUUGCAUUGUUUGGACUGCAGAAAGCAGUAGGGAUUGAUCUAUGACUCGUCUUACCCAAGCACUAAUGUACUGAACCUAAUUAUUGCAAUUCAUAUAUGACUCCUCCUUUCCUAAUCUCUUUUGCCCCAAGUCCAUCUUGAGUAGCUGUCUCUGAUUUGAAGAGAAGUAGGACAACUGCUUAAUGGAUGUCCAUCUCUGGAACCCUUACACCCAGGGCUGUUUAGAUGUCUGUGAUUUGCACAUUUUUAAACUCCUUUCCUCCCUUCUCCCAGGAAGAAGCCAAGCAUGAAUGUACAGUACAAGGCACCAACUGAAGCCUUAGAAGCCUCUGGGGACUAAUUUUUCUCUUAAUUUAAAAGUAAACAAGCAAAACUGAAAAAUGCGUGUAAAAAUUUGUAAAGUUAUUUGUAAAUACUUCUAGACAAAGAACAUGUAUGUACUGUGGUAUUUUGUUUUCUAUUCUGUCACCACUAGCAUAAAGUGAUACACACAGCUAUUUUCUCUGGAGA